AUGAAUGCUUGCGUUAAAAUGGGUAUUGGUUCAAGCGUGGGAGAUUUUGGUAAUCAAGAAUGGUCCAGUUGUGAGAGAAAGUGUGGCGAGUCCCCAGCAUGUACACGUGUACACGUGUUCAAUCGUAUUGCCUUUGCAAUCCGAAGCACCCGAGGUUCCGGCAAGGUUACCAAGGUGUACUCGAAAGAAGAAAGGAUUUCACAUAUUCCACAGCACGUGACCUUGUGCGCCGCAUGUAUCAAUCUUCUUUCGCUCAGUCUUUCUCGAGGCGAAUGGUCAGCCGGCAACUCACGCCCACCUUCACACCACCGCCUGUACAUUUCAUUUCAUCCCAGCCAGCAAGCGAGAGCCACCAAAAAACAGGAGGGCAAGUCGACAACAGAAAAAACGGAACACUGCAAACUGCACCUUCCCCCAAGCGAAUCCUCACCGGCUGCUGACCUGCAACACAUCGCACGCGUCAUGAACCAAGAAAGGAGUUCCGACCCAUUCCACGAACCUUAUCAACAAGCCGUGCACCCACCGGGGCAGCUCCCCCAGCCGCCAUCGUCGCAGCAACCUCAAUUUGCGGGCACCCCCGCAUAUGGAGGCGCCAGCCUGCAAGGGGCCCCCGGCAUGCCCCCCAGCUACACUCCGGGCUACAACUUCAACAGCGGCUUCGGCUCCUACGGAAACCCUCACGGGAACUCCUUCAACAACAUGUACAAUAACGCCUACACCCCCUACAACUACUCCCAUCCCUACGGCUCCUACCCCCUUCAGCGCCAAAACGCCAGCGCGCAGCUCGCUUCUGGCGCCCGCGAAACUGGCGAGAUGGUCUUGUCGGGCAUGCACGAAGCCAUGUCUCGCUUUGCGCGCGUGUCCUCCAUGAUCGAGGAGGUCCUGCGCCAUCUGCACAUGCUCUUCGACGCCAUCUUCGGCCUGGGGUACAGCUUGGGCGCGUUUAGGCAGGAGGCGGGCCAAUGGCUGGGGGUCAAGACGGGGCCCGUCGGCUAUUUGGCUCGCUUACUUAGGAGAGCGGCCAACUUAUGGAGGCUCUUGUGCUUGUUCUUUAUGUCGCCCGCCGCCGGCAGGUUUUCGCCGGUCGCGCUCGUGUUGAGGAUUCUCGGGCUCGUGCCCGAAGAUGACCCACUGGAGGCCUCCAUGGCAGAAAUGUGGGGCAGGAGCGGGGAGGGGGAGGGUGUGAGGGGGCUGUUCGAUACGCAUCCGUUGGCGGAUGCGUCCAAUAUGUGAGCGUGAUAGGUGCCAUUUAGUCUAUGGAGAUAGCGUUUAGCGUCGUGGAAUAGAAUUGGGAUUAUUCUUUCGUCUUGACCGCAGGAGCAUAUCGAGUUGCAAGUCGUUCAACUUUUUUUAUUUGUGUUAAGAGAAGCGUAAACGUGACUACGGAACAAAGAUGUCUUGAUGGGCCUGCUGAAACACUGAAAUUUCUGAUGGAGGGUUUGUGGCGAAGGGAUCCAUUUUGGUCUGCAUCUUUCAAAGUUAAUUUUUCG